AUGGAAAUUGAUAACCAUCUAUCAUUGACCCAAUCUCAAAAAGAAGACUUAAUAGAUACUCAAUUAUGGAUGGCUGAUACUGAAACCAUACCAGCCAUAAUAUCUGCUAAUCAUCCAUCUAAUGAUAUUCAUUUAACACCACCAGAAGAUGAACAGCAAAAGAUCCUUGAUUUUUGCAAUGAAAUUACCUUAUGUGAUCGAUCCCCAGAAGCCAUUAUCAAUUUUUUUUUAAAAUUUAGAAAUGAAACUAGAGGUUACCCGAGGCCCAAUCUUCCAGAGAACCUAUCUUAUUUGAGAGUUGAAGUACAAGACAUUUUCCCUCUGACAAAGAGAGUAGAUCUUAGAGACCUCCGAAUACUAGUCGACAAACUGAAAGAGCAUUAUUACGUGUCAAAUAAGCUUCCUGAAUUAUACUUCUACCUUCUACCUCUAAAGGAACCCCUCCCUCCAUCGUAUAAAGACCUUUCAAAAAACCUGAUUGGUUACUUACCAGUAAGCAACAAUGUUGCUGAUUUUAAAGAAGCUGUGCAAAUUUUGAGAAAUGAAUCUUAUGCUUUAAAAAAACUACUAGCAGACUAUAUCAUGACCAAAAGAUCUUCCCCACCAGUACACUGGUAUAGCGAGAAUUAUGAAAUAUUCUCCCAAUUAACAAUCAGAUGA